AUGGUGAAAAAAGUCGCUACUAUGCACUCUUCGUCAGCGUUCACCAUCGUGGCUUCACUAGCGAUGCUGCUUUUGUGUUUUGGAGAAUUUGUGCGUAUUGAGAUCGUCUUAAAAAGGCAAACGAAUCGGCUUGAUGAAUUUGAGAAGUUAACAACCUCAACACAACGUGACAGGAAUACCGCAAGUAUUGAUGAUCGCCAUUCUUCAAAAUAUAAUCAAGAAUUUGUGAAUAUGAAGCUAAUGCUAUAUGCUCAAACCUCAAAAAUAAAGAAGCAUGAAGUAAGAGAUGGCUCUUUGAUCCUCAAAGAUUUUACGACAACAGAUUCGGGUGUGUACAUUUGUAGUGCAACAAGUCCUGGUAUUUCCCACAAAGAAUCAAGAUCUACUAUCAAGGUUCCUUUUAAAGAUUGUUCGGAAAUCUUCCAAUCAGGAGAGAGACGUAACGGCGAAUACACAGUGAAUCCUGACAACCAAGGUAGCUUCCAAGUGUACUGUGACAUGACAACUGACGGUGGGGGGUGGACUGUGUUUCAACGUCGUAAAGACGGAUCGGUCGAUUUUUAUCUCAAUUGGCAGCAAUACAAAACAGGUUUUGGCAACCUGAAUGGCGAGUUUUGGUUGGGUAACGAUUACAUCCAUCGACUGACAGCAAGGACACCAUCAAGUCUUCGCGUGGAAAUCGGGGACUGGGACGGAUCUUGGAAGUAUGCCAAAUAUGGUAGCUUUAGUGUUGGUGCUGAAUCAGACAAGUACAGGUUGAGUUUUGUCGGGUAUUCGGGAUCAGCUGGAGACUCAAUGACAUUUAACAACAGGGCUUUUACAACCAAAGAUAGAGAUAACGAUGGUGAUCCAGGCGGUAAUUGUGCAGUUCAGCGUACCGGUGCGUGGUGGUAUGGAAACUGUGCAACGUCUAAUCUUAAUGGAAAGUAUUUAGGAAACGUAGUUAAGAAGGGUGGUUUAUAUUGGUACCAUUACAAACGUAACUGGCAGUCUUUUAAAACAAGUGAAAUGAAGCUUCGACCUCAAAACCAUAAAUAAGUAGAUCAUUGUCAUGGAAUGAUAGACUCUGAACCUUUUGCGUCACUGCUUGAUUUGCAAUGCAUUGUGGGAUAAGUUUCUAGAGACAACAGAAAAAAUCCACUAUGUUACGUUCUAACCCAAUCCUGCAAUGUAUUCUUUAUAUGGUAUACGUACGUAACGUAAAGGCUUCAGA